UUAUUUCUCGCAUUUUUCUUGUAGUUUGCACUGAGUGUAUUAUGCCAAAUUACAGUUUGAAACUCAAAUUUACCGUACUCCUGAAAACAUUUUUAAUGUCGUCCCAGGGAUAAUACAUAAGCUUGAAAUAUCUUCCUUGGCCUACUUUAUUCAUAAACUUGAUAAGAAAGGUCUUCUAUAGACCAAUAAGAAUAUCUCUGUAUUACUUGUUAGCUAAAAGUUUAAAGGGUACGUUUAUAAUUAAAACACUUAAGUUUUAACAAUGGAUUGUUAGUUGAAGUUAUGUGUGCAGUACCUUUAAAUAAUAUUGAAUUGAGCCAACAAUUUUUACAUCAAAAUUUUCCCUAGCAAGUCUAUUGAUGACUCCCAGCCCACCAGCACCUUGGGUGCUGUGCAGAAAAUGAAGGCUGACCAGAAAGAUCCAAGAGAAGAUAUUUUGAGGACAAUCAGGAUUCUAAAGCAAAACGGAGUGGCAAGGAACGAGAUUUACAUAAGAUCCUUUGAGGAGGAGAAUUUAAGAGUUCUAUUCUUUGACAAAGAGCAGUUGGAGUACACUAGAAAGCUACAUAAAGAUCAUUCUUGGGAGAACCCUCUCAUUGUAGCUUUUGAUUCAAGUGGAAAACUGUUCAAUUAUCCUCUAACUGGAAAAGGACCCAGGAAGCAUGUUGGUGUCUUAAACUUCGCAGGAGUUGGUCCAGGAGGCGUUUGUUUAAUGGAACAAGUCAGUGAAAAAAGCACUAAGGUUGAAUUGUCGCUAGGAUUAACAGAAUGGUCCGUCUCUGUUGGAGUGAAGGAUCCUAUUGCACAAAUCUAUAUAUCCGAUUUUAGCUGGCCGAUAAUUAACUCAGUAUUUAACUCUCUAAUGAAGACAUCUGUUGAAAAGUAUCUAGAUGAGAGAUUCGAAGCAAUGAUGAAUCAAGAACCUCCAUCUGAAACUACUGCUGUUUAUUUAAUAGACAAGCUGCACCUGGUCCCCAUUUUCCUUAAAAGGGCAAGACAAAUGGCAGGGAAGGAAGUUGGAGAUCUAUUCUGCAAGGUUGUUCUUAAGAUUUUGACUGCAAGGUCUCUAAUGGCUAUAAGGAAGUUGUGGGUUGCAGCAAUGAAAGUUUUUGCCGGAGAAGAUGUGAGUGAACAGAAUAAGGAGGAUCUUGUGGAAAUCUGUGGCAGAAUUGAUCUUGGGGUUGUAGAAAAGUCUCUGCAAAACUUGGAGAAUGUAGAUGACUGUUAUGAAGUUCAGGAGUUUGGUGCCAGUGCUCUAAGAAAAAAAACGAAGUCUUUUCGCUAUUUUUCCAAGAUCUUUGAGCAAUACGUAGAUGUAUGUGGGAGUGAUGAUGAGUCUCGAAACCCAUACAAAUGCAAAGAACUUAUGAACUAUUUCCUCUCUGAAUAUCUUGGACUCCUUCCGUUUUUCACACUGGCUGUAUUUGGAGAAGAUUCACAGUUGAAUUAUCCUACAAGCACCCAAGUUGAGCUUUACUGGCGGUUCAUGAAACAAAAUGUUUUUUAUAAGCAGAAUGUCAAGGAUGUCAAGACAGCGGACUACUUUGGUAGAGUUCAGGCCUUUAACAGGGAUACUUCACAAAUCAUUUUUUAUUUAAAGUUGCAGAAAAAUCUUUAA